AGGAAGAGGGGGGAAAAAAAGAGUUUCCUGACUCCAACUAUGACAUAUGUAACCUCAGUUGUGUGCUGGCGAACGGGUCCUACAUGGAAUUGUAAGAGGGAGGAUGGCACGCUCGUUUUUGGGGAGGGUUCAGCAGGUUAUUGAUACAGUUAGACUAAGGGGACUGUGGAAAAGCAUAAAUAGCCACAAGGACUGAUCAAACCUCGCAGUCUCUCUCAGACAGCCCAGGCAUAGGUGACCUCCACUUCUUCUGCAGAAAACUCAUCUGUCUCUGCAAAGCCAAGACCAAACAAAGGAAAAAGAUGAAAACCAUCUGCAUAACAUGCUUCCUGUGGUGUUUCACCUUAAUGGUAACCCUGCUCAGUGGAAUCGCCACCAUGCCUGUGAGUGUAAUGGAGCCACUUUGCACUGCACCUUCAACCGCCAAGUACAGACUAACAUUUACAGGCAAGUGGAGCCAGACUGCCUUCCCCAAGCAGUACCCUGUCUACAGGCCUCCUGCUCAGUGGUCCCCCAUGAUUGGAGUAACUCAUAGCUCAGACUAUCACAUCUGGCAAAAAAAUGAAUAUGCAAGUAAUGGGGUGAGAGAGUUCUCUGAAAAAGGAGAAGCUUGGACUCUGAUUAAGGAGGUGGAGGCAGCUGGAGAGCGCAUCCAGAGUGUAUACGGCCUUUUCUCUACACCAGCUGUGCUUGGAGGGACAGGCCAGACAAGCACUGAGUUUGAGGUCUAUGCCCGGCACAACUUUUUGUCUUUUAUAAUGCGGCUUGUGCCGAGCCCAGACUGGUUUAUUGGGAUCGACAGCUUAAAUCUGUGUGAUGGAGACCACUGGAAAGAAAACAUUAGCCUUGAGCUGUUUCCUUAUGAUGCUGGCACGGACAGUGGCUUCACUUUUUCUUCACCCAAAUUUGAGACCAUUCCUCAGGACAAAGUUACACAGAUAACGUCAUCAUUCCCAAGUCACCCGGCUAACUCGUUCUUCUAUCCACGACUGAAACAUCUUCCCCCGAUAGCCAAGGUCACACUCACCAAGAUCAAGAGCAAAAUGAUUUUUAGUUUGCCGAUCGAGCCCACGCAGUCCAACCAAAUUCCUACUGGCAAUGAAAUAGAUGAGUCUCUUAUAAAUACCCCUCUGGACUGUGAAGUAUCUGCCUGGUCACCUUGGGGUUUAUGCAAAGGUCAGUGUGGCGAGGACAAAAAGAAAGGCAUAAGAUAUCGUACCCGCUACAUUCAUAUAAAGCCUGCUAACAACGGCUCUGCCUGCCCACCUCUCGAGGAGGAAAGAACCUGUGUACCUGACAACUGUGACUGAGAUAAGGUUUCAUAAACAAUUGAAUUCCACCUUUUCCUCAUUCUAAGCACAAUCCGAUUUAGUCAAAAGACGCACAGUAAGAAAAUAUUACUUUUGAAAUCUAUAGUGUAGUUAUAUACGAAUAAUAAUUUUCAUUGACUAAAACAACCCAUACAAUAUAUUUAGGACAAAGGGUUGGUGAGAAGCCAAUAAUAUUAUACUCAUGAUUAUAAUAAAGUACAUCAGGCUAUGACAAUAUAAAUUGAAUUAAA